GUAGUGCAUUCAGUACCGAUAUUACGGCCAGUCCUCACAAUGGUUCUAGUUCCACUGCCAGUAUCAGGUCAACAGUUGGUAACGAUACCGGUACCACAUCCUCUACCAGCACUAGCACUGCAAUCAGUACCUGUAGCACGAUCAGUAGCAAUGUUUAUGCUUCAACUAGUCUCUAUUUCUAGGCCAUCUGGCACGACGGGUGUUUCAUGUUGUGUUUGUUGCCAUGCCUGUUUGCGUACAAGAUCAUAUUACACGUUGCACCAUGUUCCUAUGCAUUGGUCGCAGGACGAACAACUGCCAUGA